AGUUGCUGUUUAAGACUAGGCGGUGCUAUUGUACCCUGGAUCUUCCUGGUUUUGUUUGUGCUCCAUAGCUUGUCCUCCAUUCUCCUCGUCGUUGCACCUUUACCAGGUCCCGCCCGGUUGCCCACCUGCCUGGCUAGAUUUGUGAGACGUCAUGGAACCGUCUCUUUUUCAUAUCGACCUAACGCAGCUGCGGUAGACCUCGAGUUGCCCGCAUUCACUUCCGCAUUUUAUUCGGAUACUCAUCAGGGGCUUGUGCAAUCACGGUCACUAUGCCAUGUGUUCGUCCGUGGAAACACUGGUGACCCAGACCUGGGUCUUCCACGUCGACUAAGCCGUUUCCUUGGGUCAGUGGGUUUUCUUGCAAACAGUAUAUAUCUACUAUGUAAUUCCCCCCGUUCUGUUGUCUCAAUCCUUUUAUUACUUCGAGACAUCGAAUUUCCAAAAUCCGACUUCCAUCAGCGUGUCUAUACAUCCCGUUAUGUUCUUGUGUUACGUCACUAAGCCAACAUUAUGAUCUCUCUAAUCCAACAACUGUUUAGGAGCCUCCAGGAACCGACAACGGCAAAACGAUAUAGAGAUGCUGGGAUUGGACUUGCGUUUACCGUCGGAAACCAACUUGUUGUCCUACCUAUUCAGAUUACGCUUAAUCUUCAUUCCAUUAACAUCCCAGCAUCUAUCUUGGUCAUGCUUCUCUGUUUGUUCCUAAUGGUGGUUGCGAAUUAUAUCCACGGAGGCACGGCAGAGCUAUACUCUAAGCAUAUCCGUGGACCUACAGAUUUCCUUGGUCGUCAUAUGUCCUACGGCUUCGUAGCAUCGUUCAUAAUGCUCAACAGGGAUCAUAUCUCUGAUGCCAUUGCCGUCCCCAAAAUUGCUGGGGUCUUCCUUGUUACCACUCUCGCCAGCUACGCUUGUUCAUUUCUGGUUGCUUGGGGUAGCUUUGAUUUGGAGCAGCGGGUCCGAGGGCAGCGAACGAAGUCCUUCGAUCUUGAAAGUAAUAAGUCCUGGCCCAGUCCAUCCACAGCUUGGCCGACCCCGUCAACGGACAGGGCCUCGAAGCCAUUAUCUCACCUGUCUCGGAUAAGUGUGGCUCUGGUGAAAAACGGAUCUCUCACCUCAAUUGAGUCGACGGAAAAGGUUUCGACCCCUCAAUUUAUAGAUCUUAUUGUUCAUACGGCCCCACUAUGGAUCUGCGUCCUACUCAUCGGAGUAGUGGGAAUCCCAGCAUAUUUCGCUACUAACUACGAGACUCCAUUCGAAGUUUUAUGCUUCAUCCUAUUCUGGAUCCUAUCAGUCCAAUUCCAGAGGUCGUUGAGAAACUCAUGUCGCCUUCUACAGCACCCGCGAUUGCGCUCUACGUUAGUCAUACUCACAAACCCUGUGAUGAUUAGCUGGGCGUUGGGUUCGGCUUACCUUUGGAUCAAGACGGCUUAUACGCAUCAUACUAUCGCUACCGUCGUAACCGAGUUUCGAAGACAUACUACGUUGGCAGAAGGGAUGGCCGCUAUUUUAGGCGGAGGUAGCAUCAAGAACAAUAUCGGUGCUGGCGACCUAUCAGGUCCCGUCCUAGACGCUGGAAUCAUCUGUCUAGGAUUUAAGAUGUUCGAAUAUCGAAAAGAGCUAUGGGAAAGCUUCACCACGGUACUUACCACAUGCGCCUUGCUCGCGAUAGCGAACGUUUUUCUCAAUGUUAUGAUCGGCCGUGCAAUGGGACUAGAAGCAGCCGAUGCCAUCGCUUUUGCCGCCCGAUCCGUUACCAUCGCUCUUGGAGUUCCUGCAAUUCAGAAUCUAGGCGGAAGUACCACGUUAAUGAGCGCUACGGUAAUUUUUGGCGGAAUAAUCUUCCAAAUGGCUGGCGACUGGGUAUUCUCGCUUCUAAGAAUCAACGAUCGGGCAUGUCAGCAAAAUAUAGACGAUGGUGGCUCUAGCAAUGGUGAGAAAAUAGGGGAUGAGAAAGAAUCUCAGAAGAUCACCAGAGUAGAAGGCGGCGAAAUCGCCAUCGUCGCAGCCGGUAUAACCGUGGGCAUUAACGCCGCAGCGAUGGGCACGUCGCAUCUAAUCGAGCGCGACUCUAAAGCUACUGCGUAUUCCGCAUUGUCAAUGACUGUCUUUGGGGCCAUGACGGUAGCACUUACAGCAUUACCUGGUGUCUCGGGGAGUAUAACUUUUCUGGCGUCAAGAUGACGAGAAAG